GAUUAUGGCGUGUUGUCUGAUCAUACUCGGGGAAGUCGUUGUCGCCAUGUUUGGAGAUCACACCAAUGAUGAAGGUGUCACGGURGAAGCUGUCGUAAGUUCUAUCCAAUCUUCAUUGUUGUAUUUUCGUGCGCGUUUUUUCCAAAGMAUUCMGGUGCUCACGGACACCUUUUAUCGUUUUAUCUCUUGCUCAUGGAUUCGAAAUGGGAUUGGUUAGCGAAAGUCGUAUAAAAAACCAUCGUUCAUUUCAUAUUUUGUGGGCCUGGCAUUAUACAUCGCGUUGUUGAUGUACUGGAUUAAUUUUUCGGAAAGUUUCAUUUUUCGACGAUUUGCUUGGGGAUGCAGUGGUGGUGCAAUCACCGGAUGCCAAAACUUUCUCAAAGACAGCUUGACAAUCAUCAAAGCCACAGAACCAGAUCAGAAAUUACCAUUGAUAUUUUAYCCUCUCAGYUUAUUUGCAGCUGGCACUGCAUUUGUUGGUUUGUUAUUGCUGACAGCUUGCAUGAAGCGAUACGAUGCUACCUACUCAUCGGCAUCUUUUGUGGGUAGUUUUGUGGUUUCCGCUAGUAUUAUGGCAGCAGUUCACUACAAUACUUUUGAACAACUAGACGGAGUUAUAAACUACAUCCUUUAUCCUUUUGGAAUAUUGAUUCUUAUGGUGGGUGUCUACGCGCUGGUCAAGGAGAGCGGCGAGUCGGAUGGAUACGACGACAUUCCAGAACAGCAGAGGGGAUUGGAURCUGACCAGGUCGGUUUUAAUGAUUCGGAGGCAAGUAUGUUCACCAAAACCGUAGAGUCUGUAUUUUUGUUCCGAAGCGUCUUUUCACAAGUAAUGAAUCUCCAGUAGUGGCAAUUGGAUCGGAGCAUUAAAUGUUAUAUACUAACAAAAUCAAUUUGGUUUUCAAUUCUGAAAAAGGAUAUCUUUGUUUAUACCGAAGUGUCGGAACUGGGAAGAGAGGAAACUUUGUCACGAAAUGUUUGUAGUGAGGACGGCUGAAAUUCCCCACGGAUAAUUUGUUUUGCGCAGUCUUUACAAAACGUUCUGAUUUUUAAGGUAUUUGUGAAUCAACAAACGAAAUACGAAGUAACACUUUGACAGCAUGCAGUAAACAAAUGAAAUCAAAAUCU